AUGUCGAACAGCCAGCAAAAACCAGGUUGGAUGUUGAUAAAAGAGCAUCAACUUCGCCUGGCAAGCUUCACGACUAUAUCAAAACCCAUUCGACACGUCAACAGCCUCAAGCCUCUGAUGAUACCUAUUAGGAGGAAAGACGGCGUUGGCUGUGGAGCUAAAGCAAAUGUCCACAAAGCUAGCGAAACUAUCUACCCUCGCUACGGAAAAAGACCCUUUUCACAAGAAAUCAAAUUUUAUAAACGCUUGUUCGAAGAAAAAGAUAGGUGUCCAGAUAUUAUCGAAUGCUUUAUUGCAUUGCCAGACUAUAUAUUCCUCUCAUACUGUUGUAACGAUAAUCUAGCACGUCGUUUCUUCAACUAUCAAGAGCGAGAGACACGUCGUAGUGGCUGUUAUGGAAAGCUUAUAAGUGUGAAGCAAUAUGAGGAUCCUACCCUUAUUGCUCGAUGGAUACAACAACUAAGUUCCGCUCUUGCUUUUAUAGAGAAGCUUGGAUAUAACCAUAAUGAUCUACACCCACGCAAUUGCCUUCUCGAUGAGAACCUAAACUUAAAGCUCUCUGACUUUGACCGUGCUACUACAAUCGGACAGUUUCUCGAGGGGCAUAUACCGCCAUGGGCUAUUAUGCUAUCUGCCGGUCCAUUACAGAACACCUACGGCCUUACAUCUGCUCGCACUGAACAAUUUGCUCUUGGUACCUUUCUUUACACGAUGGUAUAUGGUCAUGAACCUUACGAGGAUAUUCAUCUCCAAGAGGACAACCCGGACGAACUACGACGACGAUUUAGAGCUAUGGAGUUUCCGGAGCUUAAUCGGCACGAAAUAUUUGAUGGGCUAAUUUCUGCUUGUUGGCACAAUGUAUAUCCAACCAUGGCUCUUGUUGCUUACGAUUUCAAGCGCAAGACUAAGGAUAUCGCAUCCCCACCUAACUAUCGGGUCAUCGAUUAUGCAAAGGAGAAACGUGCUUGUGUAGCAAUGAUUCAAGGUGGUUUGCUUGGACCAGAAUUGGCCUUGUCUUAUCAACCAGCAUGGCAAAGAUGUUUACAUACAGUCUUGGGGAAGUUUCUGUUCGGUUGGAAACAGUUCGUCAAUUAUAUUAGCACAUUUCCGUAG